AUGGAUUCAAUGAGAGGUGAUCUGAUUCGGGGUUUGGAAGCUAGUCUCCCGACGUCUUUCGAUAGAGAAAGGUUUUUUGCAUCACUUGUCAGUGGGGACAUCGAUGGAGCCGAGGAAUAUCUUUCUGAUUUCACCAAACUCGACUCAAAUUAUUACUCAAACCUCAUGUUCUACCUUGUUAAGAGGCAGAGAUACUUCAAGCUUCUUGUCGAAGGCGACACCUGGAAAGCAGGAUUUUCGCUGAUCUCCCGCCGACCUUAUGGGAUGAUGCAUAUAUCAAUACCAGAAACGGAGGAGUUUAUGGGUCGUGAUAUCCGCCGCAUUGUAGAUGCAGGCCUUAGGGAAUUAGAGAAGGCUAAAGAAAACGGUUACACUUUUGAUAUUCUUUCGGUUGCAAAUUCUUACACGGAUGAGAUGUUUACUAUGAUGAAUCAAUUCAUUACCAUGAAUCCAGAUCUGCAGAAGAAAGAAGACAUAUCUUCUCAAAUGCACAAGUUACAUUUACAUGACAACCAGACAACCAUGCUUGGUGUGGCCGGACCAGCAGCUGUAGCCUUUAACGGUGGAGAAAUGAAUAAGGACAACUGA